GUAUAAUAGAUUUUUCACAGCGUGUGUCGUUCGAUACGAACGACAUAUAUCGGAGGUGGCGACCCGGGUGGAAUAUAAGCACCUACAUAGAGAUUUGGUUUCAUAGUAGAUUCCACACGGUACCGGAAACACUAACAGCUAGAACGGGUUCAAGAAAAUAAGAACACCAUGUUGAGAGCAGUGCUGUGUAUUCUGAUCGUCUGGCUGGCUGUAGUUGUACCGGAAGUAGCCGGUGAUACGUGCAAGCGCUACAUAGUAAACGGAUGUAGCAUCCCCGGUGAUCUCCCCUUUGUCUACAAGGAUCGAUUCACGGCCGCUUGUAACAGACACGACGUGUGUUACUAUUGUGGCAAGUCUAGAGGUGUGAGUCGGGGCACCUGCGAUCUUGACUUCUUCUUCAACAUGAUGAAAACGUGUCGUUGGCACACUUUCUACUGUCAAUCGACUGCCAAAGUGUAUUACCUCGCCGUCAGGGCCGGAGGGUCGAACGGAUACAAUAAGCCGGCGCAAUGGUGGUGCGGCCAGAGCUGGGUUUCCGGUUGCAUGAAAUAGACCAAACAUUCGGAAGCAUGUCUGUCCAAAGUUUUGUUUUCUGUGGAGAAUAAACUAAGUAACAAAAUUG